AUGGUGGGCGAGACUAUGGAUACCGACCAAGACGACUACGAGGACGUUCACGAGAACGUUUUCGAAAUUCCGAACAAGGAGCCGGAACCCGAGGCGUUGUUAAAAUGGAGACAAGCGACGCUCGUGCUCAACGCUACGAGACGGUUCCGUUACACGGCCAAGCUCAACAUCGACGACAAAGUCCCCGUUAAAAGAACGCCCGCGGAGCGGUUCCGGACGAGCGGCCACGCGCUGGUGGCUUUGAACAGGUUCAAGAAGGCUGGGCAGCAGAGACAAAAGCGAUAUGUUAUGAAGGAGGAUUUUGGUGACGGUUUUGGCUUCUCAAAAGAGCAACUUGUCACAAUAAACGAGGACGCUAAUGUCGAGGCGCUGGAUGACAUUGGGGGGGUGCCUGCCGUGUGCCGUGCUCUGCGCGUCGAUCCAGAGAUUGGGAUUCCAGGGGACGAAGAAGACAUGGAGAAGAGGAAGGAGGAGUUUGGCACCAACACUUACCCCGCGAAACCCCAGAAGUCAUUCUUUGUGUUUGUGUGGGAAGCAGCGCAAGACACCACGCUCAUCAUCCUCAUGUUCUGUGCUUUCCUUUCACUCACCUUUGGACUUAUUGCAGAGGGCACACAGGAAGGGUGGUACGACGGAGUGGCCAUUGGUAUUGCCGUCAUCCUGGUCAUCUUCGUCACAGCCUUCAGCGAUUACCGCCAGUCGUUGCAAUUUCGUGGCUUGGAUGCUGAGAAGGCGAAUAUACAGCUCAAGGUGUUAAGAGGCGGCCGUGUGCAGACAGUGUCCAUCUUCACCCUCGUGGUGGGCGACGUGGUGCCUCUUGCCAUCGGCGACCAGGUGCCUGGAGAUGGUCUGUUGGUGUCUGGCCAUUCUCUCACCAUUGACGAAGCUUCCAUGACAGGAGAGAGCGACCCUAUGCACAAGGACAGCAAGCGCCCAUACCUGCUUUCCGGAUGCAAAGUUCUCGAUGGUUACGGCAACAUGGUGGUCACGGCAGUGGGAGGGUGCACGGAGUGGGGGCGAGUCAUGGCCACAAUCAACGAUGACGACGACUCUGAGACGCCUCUGCAGGUGCGGCUGAACGGGCUGGCGACGUCUAUUGGCAAGCUGGGGCUGGUGGUGGCUGUGAUGGUGUUCCUAGUGCUCAUCAUCCGCUAUGCCGUCACGUACGUGCCGGGCAAGUCGCCAGUGGAGGUGUUCAAGGACAUUGUCGACGACUUCUCCAUUGCCGUGACCAUUAUUGUGGUCGCUGUACCAGAAGGCCUUCCUCUCGCAGUUACUUUAACGCUCGCGUAUUCAAUGCACAAGAUGAUGAACGAUAAAGCGCUGGUGCGGCACUUGGCAGCGUGUGAGACCAUGGGUUCAGCCACCACCAUCUGCAGUGACAAGACCGGCACUCUCACUCUCAACCAGAUGACAGCAACGCGCGCGUGGCACUCUGGCAGCCUGCAGGAGUCAGUGGAUCGAGAAACCGUUCCAACCCCAGUUAUCAAGGUGCUAUCUGAAGCCAUCGCCCUCAACAGCACUGGCAAUGUCUUUAACCCGCCGGAGGGAGGGCCGCCGGAGGUGUCUGGGAGCCCAACUGAGGCUGCUAUUAUCACAUGGGCGCUCUCUUUGGGCAUGGACUACAAUGGGCUGAGGAAGGAGAACGAGAUCAUAGCAGUGGAGGCCUUCAACUCCGCCAAGAAGCGAGCAGGGGUGGCCAUCAAGAGGCCGGGAGGGGACGUGGUAGUGCACUGGAAGGGAGCAGCGGAGAUCAUUCUUUCUGGCUGCACCACAUGGCUCGAUGCUGACGGCAACCCUUCCCCUCUCACUGAUGCCAAGAGAACGGAGGUGCUGGAUGCCAUAUCCACCAUGGCAGCAGGGUCGCUGCGCUGCAUCGCCAUGGCCACUGCACCCCUGCCUCUCUCCGACGUGCCUGCAGAGUCAGAGGGAUGGAAAUUCCCUGACGGCUGCCUCACGCUCAUUAGCAUCGUGGGCAUCAAGGAUCCGUGCCGACCAGGAGUCCCAGACGCAGUAGCCAGAUGCCAGAGUGCUGGAGUGAAGGUGCGCAUGGUGACUGGCGACAACGUGCACACAGCGAGGGCUAUAGCGGCAGAGUGCGGCAUCAUCACACCUGAUGGGGUGGUGAUAGAGGGCAAGGACUUCCGGGUCAUGUCCAAGGAGCAGAUGAUUCAAGUCAUUCCCACCAUCGAUGUGAUGGCGCGGUCGUCCCCCACAGACAAGCACCUGCUGGUGAAGAUGCUGCGGCAGAUGGGCGAGGUGGUGGCAGUCACAGGCGACGGCACCAACGAUGCGCCUGCGCUGCAUGAGGCGGACAUUGGGCUGUCCAUGGGGCUCUCGGGCACGGAGGUGGCCAAAGAGAGCUCCGAUAUCGUCAUUCUGGACGACAAUUUCACUUCCAUUGUCAAGGUGGUGCGGUGGGGGCGGUCAGUGUUUGCCAAUAUCCAGAAGUUUAUCCAGUUCCAGCUCACAGUCAACAUAGCAGCGCUGGUCAUCAACUUCAUCUCUGCCUGCACUGACGGACACGUGCCUCUCAACGCUGUUCAGUUGCUGUGGGUGAAUCUGAUCAUGGACACGCUGGGAGCGCUGGCCCUCGCCACAGAGCCACCCACUGAUGAGCUCCUGGAGCAGAAGCCUGUGGGACGCAAGGCGCCUCUCAUCACCAACAUCAUGUGGCGCAACAUCUUCAUCCAGUCUGUGUACCAAGUGGUAGUGCUGAUGACGCUCAACUACGAGGGCAACAAGCUUCUCAAUAUUGAGAACGACCCGGACGCAACCAUUGUGCGCAACACCAUGAUCUUCAACUCCUUCGUCUUCUGCCAGCUGUUCAAUGAGGUGAAUGCGCGCAAGCCAGACAAGCUCAACAUCUUUGAAGGGCUACACAAGAACCCGCUCUUCAUCCUCGUGCUCGUCGUCAGCUUAGGCUUCCAAAUCAUCAUUGUGGAGUUCUUGCACAACUUUGCCAAGACCACCUCACUCACCGUCACCCAGUGGUUCAUCUGUGUUGGCAUCGGCUUUGUCAGUUGGCCGCUGGCGUUGAUUGGCAAGUUCAUCCCGGUGGCCAAGACGCCCAUGCUGGACUUCAUGCAGCACAUCAAGCCACCGCGCUGGAUGCGUCUGCGUCGCAAGAAGUCCCGUGCCAGCACCAGCGCCAGCACCAGCCGUCAGGGCUCCAUGGCUCGCUCUGGUUCCGCUGCCGGGGCUUCGGGGGCCCCCGCUGCUGCUGUGGAGGAGGAUGGCGGUAGGUGGUGGGGACAGGAGGGCAGGGGAUGGGCGUUGCUUGUGUUUGGGCAUUGUUGGGGAGGCGGGUGUGUGUGCUGUCGGGGCUUCGGUUGA